AUAUGUUGGGAAAAGUUCCAGAAGCCAUCAGUUAGCUUUGAACAUUUACCAGUAUUACAUUACCAGCACGCCUAAACAGUUGAAAUAUGAAGGCUUUUGUUGUUUUUGCUAUGGCUAUUGCCAUCGUAGCCAGUGCUGCCGUGGAAAAGAAGGAGGCCGAACAGGCCGCAGCUCCAGCGGAAGGCGGAAAGAAGCAGGAUAAGCGUGGACUGUGGGACUUGGGAUACGGUUAUGAAUCUCAUGGAUGGGAACAUUCGUCGCAUGGCUGGGAAGAUCCUCAUCAUGUGACUACCGUCAUCAAAAAGGAACACGUCCCUGUCCCAUAUGAAGUCGAGAAGCACAUCCCAUAUCCAGUGAAGGUCCCAUACCCAGUGACUGUCGAGAAGCACGUGCCAGUCAUUGUCGAAAAGAAGGUCCCAAUCUACGUCGAGAAGCCAGUGGCCUACCCAGUCAAGGUCAAGGAAUACGUCGAAGUCCCCAAGCCAUACCCAGUUCAUAUUGAGAAACCAUACCCAGUCUACGUUAAGAAGCCAGUCUACGUCGAGAAGCACGUCCCAAUUGUCGUCAAGUCUCACGGCUGGGAACCACACCACAGCCACUCGUACUCCGAGAUCCACUCGUGGCACUAAAGACUGGUUGCGUAAAUCCCUAGACACUAUCUAGUGAUUUACAUUCAACACCUUCCAAAAAUGAAACAAUAUUAAUCCUAUAUUAAAAGCUCAAGCUGCUCCUGUAUUGUGAUCUUCAAGUUUCAUCGCUUCUAGCGCAUCCAAAUCACCCGAUUUGGACUGUUUUUUUUUAUGUUGUUAUAAACCUGCGGGAGAGAAUACUCAACUUUUCGCCACCGUAGAAAAGCACCUAGCUCUCUUAAGCCAAUCUGUUCAUUUUUUCAACUUGUUGUCCAAUGUAAAUAAAUUAUUUUACCUUGCCUACAUGUUGUAAGCAAAAUGUAAUAAAAAAGUAAAUAAAAAAAGCUAAAAA